GCCACAGCAGCCGGCGUGUAAGCAUGUGACGCAGGCGCAGCUGGCUCGGUUCUUCGGCUGCGCCCGGACAAUAACGCGGCGCUCCGUUUCUCCGCCUCGCUCUCGGCAUGGCAGAUGGCGAGCGGUCCCCGCUGCUCUCGGACCUCGGCGACGGAGCCGUCGGGAACAGUGGGAACGGUGGCGUGUCUCCCGGCCCGGCCCCGUACGGUCAACCCAACAAGCCGCAAAGUUUUCCCCCAUUUCCAAGUCCCUCUCAGCCGUCUGUACUGUUGGGUGAGGAUCCUCCACCCUAUUCGCCCCUGACGUCACCUGAGAGUGGCAGUGCCCCUGUGAUAAGCUGCCGGGUUUGUCAGUCCCUCAUCAGCGUCGAGGGCAAAAUCCACCAGCAUGUGGUGAAGUGCGGUGUCUGCAAUGAAGCUACCCCCAUAAAGAAUGCCCCAGCAGGGAAGAAGUAUGUGCGCUGUCCCUGUAACUGUCUGCUCAUCUGCAAGGUCACGUCUCAGCGGAUCGCCUGCCCGCGGCCGUACUGUAAGAGGAUUAUAAACUUGGGGCCAGUACACCCUGGUCCUGCUAGUCCAGACCCACAGCCUACUGGAGCACGAGUGUCAUGUGGCCACUGCAGCAACACUUUCUUGUGGACAGAGUUUACUGACAGGACACUGGCCCGAUGUCCCCAUUGCAGAAAAGUCUCUUCUAUUGGACAGAGGUACCCAAGGAGGCGUAGUCUCUGGUGUUUCCUGCUCUGCUUGCUCUUCAGCAUCUCUGCAGCUGGACUGAUUGCGGGGACAUGGUCUCAGGCGCGGGUGUAUGGGGGUAUCUACGCUGCGUGGGCAGCUGUACUGCUUCUGGUUGUGGUGACGCUGGCCAGAGCGCUCUACUGGAGCUGCCUACGGGUCAGCCAACCCCUUCAGAACUUCACAUAGAGACAGAUAUACAGGGAGGGAGGGAGAAAGGACAGAGAAAGAGCGAGAGAGAGAGGAUGGGGACUGGAGAGAGUCAGAGUGAGUGAGUAAGGGAGGGAGAAAGAGAGAGACGGUGAGUGAAUGAGAGAGGGAGAGAGAAAGGAGGCAGAGCGAGAAAGGGCUGAAGUGAGAGAGAUCAAGCACCAGAGAUUAGAGUGUGCAAGGGGGCAGAUGAGUGGAUGGAGGGAUGGGGUCCGACUGUUUUAAAGAAAUAUUUAUUUAGCUGAAGUGUUGUCGAGCGUUGGAUGGUGUUACCCAUGACUGUGUCGCAGAUUUACUGACAUGUUACGCAUCUAACCUCCAGUCGCCGAGCAUUUUAAUCCUGUGCAUUCAAAAACAUGCCCACCUCAUUCUUACUUUCAUUCACCCAAAUAUAUUUUUGUGCCAUUUGUGGUUGCAGUAGCUUAGUAGCCCAUUUGGCACAGUUUAAAUGAACCAUGUGAUAGGCUCUCACUCUCACACAUACAUGUAUACAUACAGUGGCCCACAAAAGUAUUUGGGUACUUCAACCAUUGGGAAACUUGAAUGAAGUUAGUAUUUGUUUAGAAGAAAACAACCUCUAGCACAUUAUCAAAAUGAUGGUAGACUCUUUGUGUGGAGAAACUGUGGAGAAGAAUUCCAACCAUACUGCAUUAAGGCUACUGUAAAGCAAAGAGGUGGGAAUAUCAAAGUCUGGGGCCAUUUUUCUUACAGUGCUGUUGAUGAGCUUAUAGUUAUUAAAGGAAUGGAUGCAAACCUGCAUAGAAACUGCUCAAAAAAUAACAAUCUGAAACACAGCAGCUACCUUUUGCAACAAUACAGAAAGAAAAUGACAGUUUUAGAAUAUUCUGUUUAAAAUAAAUGCCACUUGCUUUAACAUUUUGGUACCUGACACAAACUUAAUACAUUUAGGUGCCACUGUAUGUUUAUACUGCCUGCCAAAAGCAUGGGGGCACCUAGCUUUGUCUUCUUUGUAAAUUUACAGUAAUUUAACAUAUCAAAUAGACAGCUAUUUAUAUCUUGCCAGUUUCUUUGCGAUAAUUGCAAAGAAACUAUGAACUAACUUGUCUUUAAAAUAAUGACAAACCCCAAAACUUUUUACUCCCUUGUUGUGAUGUCCGCACUCAUAAGCACUCAGAUCCUUCAGUUUCUUAGAGUUAAAACAGUUUCAAUAUGUGCUUUUUAACAAUAGGUUGGUGAAGAAAACCUGCUAUACAUAUCAAGGAAGACAACAUAAAUCUAAGAGAGUUAAGAUGUUCUUAAUAACCUGUACCGUUGCAAAUAUUUUUUCUUAUGCAGUUGAAAAAUAGCAGUAAAAAUCAACCAUUACUCUGAGCAUUUCAAAAAAGGUAAGGUGACCCCAAACUUUUGAUGGUCAUUGUACUCGCAUGCCCUUAAUCCACUGACCCCAUUAGCCUACAUAACUGGAAGUUUGGAUGAACAGGAGCAAACUGGAGAUUUUGAGUAGUGUUUAGUCUUGAUCGGUUAGAUGUGUUUUGAUUGUUAAUGUAAAGUAAUAUACAGUCAACAAUGUCAGUAGAAGCGUUGUUGUGAAUGCUGCCGUUUAAUCCGUGCAUCUGCAGUCCAAAGUGUAAAGAGGCCUUACAAAGGGACAAUUCAGUCUCUCCACCACAAGGGGGCUCUGCUUCAACACACAAGUGCACACAUACAAACUCUUCACCUUCCAUAUGACAACACAUACAUACAGUACCAUGCAAAAGUCAGAGACCGCCCUUCAUUUACUUCAUUUCCUUUCAAAACAGACAGAAUGUGUGAGUUAUUCCAUUUUUAGUAUUUAGUUUGUCCAACUUUUUCCUUUAUAACAGCUUCCAUUAUUUUCAGUUUUCCAAAGAAAUCUGUAGUCAUAUUUUUCCACACCUCCAAAGUUCAGUCUUAGAAGUUGGUUGUUUUUGUCUCCUCAUGAUCCACUCACGAAUCAAUGAUUCUGAGGUCUGGGUCAAACUGGUGACAAUUUUAGUGUUCUAGCAGGUCUUUCAUGAUUGUUAGGAGUCUCAUUUUCACUAUAUCUUUUCAUCAUCUCCAGUUUUGAAAAGUCCUGCUUUUCCUUUUACUUACCCAUCUCCUUUUAAGUAUAUCCUGAAAUAUCAAGUUUUACAAAAUGGCCAUUUUGAUUGGAAAUUAAACAAAAGAAGAUGGUCUUACUUUUGCAAAAUACUGUACACACAUACAUACUCUAGGGCUGUGACUAUAUAUUGGCGUAACUAUAUAUUGUGCUAUAAAAUUAUGACGUAGUUAGCAUUAAUCCAAAUAUGUAUAUAUUGUCGUACAUUAUGACAUUUUGGGCCCUUGAUUAGUAAUCAAGAUUUCAAAUUGAACAUAUGUCCUUGUUUUUAUUUGUUUUCAGAUGCUUAUUUUUUGGAGCAACAGUUGUCACAAAUUUUGAAUGCUUAUUACCUUCAUGUAUGUCAGUUAAAAUUGUGAUGUAGUCUGUAAGCAUGAUCAUCAUACUGUGAGCAGAUGUUCUUAUCCCAGCCCUAAGGGUCAGCACAUACAUGCAGGCAUAAUGAACUCCGCUAGUGGGUGCUGUUGUAACGCUUUUUUAAAAAUCUUAUAUUUAUAUGUUGAAAUCAGAGUACAUCACAACAAGGUCACAUUAGCAGCAGAUCAUGCUCUACUUUGAUGCUUCAUCUGCAGAAUGUCCAGUCGGUAUAAUAGCCUGUCACUCAAACAUAACACAGACAUAAACACACACAGGCAUAAACAAUCUUGCAUUCAUCCCGUUUUGGCUUUUUGUUCAACUGAAGGCAUUUUUAUUGUUAUAAUUUUUUUUUGUGUAUGUAAAUAUUCUUUGUUCUUUUAAAGAAUACUGACUGAUCUGUUGCACUAUUGAGGAUCUAACCUUUUGAUUCCUGAAGGACUUUCUUUAUUUUUCUCUCUAAUUUUAAAUGUGAAAUCACUACAACAUUAUUUUUAUGUACUAACAAUCAUAGGUGAAACACAGACACACGCGCUCCCUCAUCAUGACUCGAAAGACCAGCGUUAGAGUGACUGUCCGAGGAAUUCUCUUAUUUAUAACCAUAAGGAUGAUGUUGAUGUUUUUUUUUUUCCUGGUUAUAUGAAAUUUGUCAUGUUAAGAGUUGCGAUCAAUGAUAUGUGAAUCACAGGUGUAUGGGGUUUCUGUGUUUUAACUGCUCUGUGUUGAAAGCUUAGUUCAGGACUUUAGGCACCCCUGCAUUCUUAUGUGUGGAUAUGGAGAAACUGCAGCUUGUUUUGUGCACUAUGUUUUUCACUGUGUGCCACCAGCACUGCACAGUUUAAAGGAAUGCUUCAGCAUUUGUCAACCUAAUCUCUGUCUCCUGCAUCUCUGUCAUACCAUUGAUUACCAUUAACAGUAAUUUUGAUGCGUUUACCUGAACUUGGAAAGAGAACAGACACUGACUCUACGUACUUGGGCAGCCAUUGGGCAGUUGUUGGAUUCUGUGAAUAAACGUAUGAAAUACUUGACUAUA